UCCUACGGUCCAGUAUAAAUAACGAACCCCUAAUCUGAUCGUGUAUGCCAUCAGCAGCCUACGCCCACGUCUCUCUCUCUCAAAACGCUCCUGUGACUGCGAGCCCUUCUUUCUCCAUCACUCUCCUACUUCAAGCCGUCAACAAUGGUGGAGUUGGAACCCUAAUCUGCUUCAAGCGUACUUUGUAUUCUCUCUCUCUCUCUCUCACACACACACACACACACUUGCGAGGAUAAUCGGCGCCUCCCUCCUCCUCUCUUCGCCGCCGACCAACAUCAGAUCUCAGCGCCUCUCGAAUUCCCCUACCGGGACCGAUUCCACCCCGAACCGAAUUGGACCGAUCUUAAUCCCGGUUGGGAUCGGUCCUGGAAAUUUUAUCCCCAGACCGAAUCAGUUUUAAGAUUUUUGGACGAACCGACCGAAACCAAACCGAUUUCAGUCCACUAACACUAGAAGUUCAAUUGCAGCUGUUUUGGCAAACGUAUAAUUUUCUCCUCUCCAGGACACUUAAAAUGAAAGACCAUUUUGAUGAGAACACCGAGCAAGGCUCUUCGUCUACUGUAAAACGUACUAAGAGGCCCACUUCUAUUGCGUGGGAUAAAUUUGAUACUUUGCCUACUAGUGAUGAGGGGGGAAAAAAGGGCCAAGUGUAAAAAGUGUGGGCAAAAGUAUAUUGUUGGUGGGACAGGCACAUCAAAUUUGUUACGGCAUAUGAUUAUUUGUCCUAACAAAGAACUCCAUGACUUUCUUCCUUUUAUGGAGAUAGAUCAGGAGAUGUACCGUGAGAAAAUGGUGGUGACAAUGAUUAAGCACAAUUACCCUUUUAUGUUUGUGGAACAUGAAGGAGUUAGGGAUUUGCAUUCCCUUUUAAAUCCAAGUGUGAAAUCGGUAUCAACUAUCAAGAAAAAACUAUGUAUUAAAGGGGGGAAAAUGCUGAAGAAUGAGGCGAGCCCUCACAUCAGCAAGACAACUCGUUUACCUCGGAAACGCUUCUAUCGCGCGAGGGCCCACAGCAAUCCACUAAGCGAUUCCCACUUCCCGGUGCCUGUCUCCCCUUGCCAUGUCGACUACUGCCUUCAUUACCCUCAACUUUUUCCAUCAUCCAAUCAAAGCGUCACUUCCAAGAUCCAAUUUGCAGACAUAGGCUGUGGUUUUGGAGGGCUUCUAAUUAGUCUUUCAACCCUUUUCCCGGAAACCCUAAUGAUUGGGAUGGAGCUAAGGGACAAGGUGACAGAAUAUGUGAAGGAGAGGAUUUUAGCUCUGAGAGUGGAAAAUCCUGGUCAAUACCAGAAUGUGUCAGUGGUUCGGACUAAUUCCAUGAAGUACAUUCCCAAUUAUUUUGGGAAAGGACAGCUCUCGAAGAUGUUUUUCCUUUUCCCUGAUCCUCAUUUUAAGGAGAAAAAUCAUAGGCGUAGGGUGAUAAGUCCACACUUGCUAGAUGAAUAUGCUUACACUCUUUGUAUUGGUGGGAUUAUAUACACGAUUACGGAUGUGGAAGAACUUGGCGAGUGGAUGAAAGCUUGUCUGGAGGGGCACCCUAUGUUUGAAGCUGUUAGGGAUGAAGAACUUGAAGCCGAUCCAGUUGUGAAGCUCUUGAGUUCAGCAACCGAGGAAGGGCAGAAAGUUGCACGGAAUGGGGGACAAACUUUUCAAGCAGUUUAUAAACGGGUUGUGCCGUCUCUUUGAUUUUGAUCUCUUUCAAUUUGGCAGUUUCCUUGAUUCUGUAGCUUGGUGCCCUGCUUUCUGAAAUCAUUUUUCCAUGCUGAUCUUCUGGUGCUUGAAUCUCAAAAUUUUCAGCUAGCUAUUGUUGUUUUUUAUUUAUUUAUGUAAGUUCAUGUUUUUUGGCA